AUGGCGCAGUACACGAACCCGGUCAUGGAGCACUACGACUGCAGGAACUCUCCGUUCCUCGAUCUGAGGAGCCCUUUCACGGCCUGGGAGAAGGUCAAGAUGGCAUUGCUGAUAGUGACAGUAAUUCCCAGGGUUCUGCUUGCCUUUCUCGCUCUGAGCUGCAUGGCACUCUUGAGCACGCUGGCCACCCUACAUUGGCCGCUUGACAAGCCACUGCCUCCCAUGCGGAGAAAAAUUGUGUUGUGGUCGCGGCAUUUCUCCAUGGUAUGUGUUUGGCUCAUGGGAUUCUGGGUUCGAUGCCAUGGCUGGGAGAACGUGGCAGAGGCAGAAAAGAAAAAUGUUCGGUUGAUCAUGUUCAACCAUGUUUCAUAUGUGGACUCUUUCAUCUUGGUGGGUUAUUUUGCCCCAGCUGGCUUGUCCAAGGCCAGCAAUGCUGGCUACCCUAUCAUAGGCCGGUGCAUUCGAUCCUUGCAGAACAUUUACCUGCCUGAUGCAAGACAAGUUAAGGACGGCAAGAAUGGCACAGGGGUGUCCAAAGCAGAGAGCGUCAGCGAGCAGAUCACCAGGAGGGUUACUGACCUCAGGUACCCAAUGCUUGCCGUGGCACCUGAAGGGACAUGUGGAGACGGCAGGUGCAUCUUGCAAUUCCGAACAGGCUCGUUCGUUGCCGGCGCCCCUGUUCUCCCAGUGCUGUUUAAAUACAGCAACAAUGGUAUCAACCCUGCGUGGGGAGUUGUGAACAUGGGCCUUCAUGUGCUGAGAGUAUUGUGCCAGUUCUACAACUCUGUGGAUGUACACAUCCUACCACCCUACAUGCCUUCUGAAGCAGAAAAGAAAGAUCCUGCCCUGUAUGCCAGCAAUGUGCGGACGCUCAUGGCAUCUCACUUGGACGUGCCCAUGGUGGAACACAUGUACAACCACUACUACGCGCUUUGCAAGUUGGACAUCAACGUCGCCACCGACGGGACCAGCCUCACAGCUCCCCCUGGGGUACUGGACGCAGAAGGAUUUGCAGACCUCACGACGGUGUUGAAGAAGAAGGAAUGA